AUGAUCCGACGUGAAGACAUCAGAUCCACCCAAAGGGAUCGUGCAGAACCGUCUCUCUCGUUUCGUCCAGGCGAUCUUGUGCGAGCGCGAGUUAUCAACCUCGUUGGUCAUGUGGGCGGAGGCUAUCCUUCGACCUCACUUCCACAAACAGCUUCACCAGAUUUAGAAUCCAUAAUCGGAUCUGCCCGCGCUGUUGCUGCUGCUGUCACAUCAACCAUCGACUCUUCAUCUGCAUCCUCACCCACCUGUCUGUUAUCAACAGCUGAACCAGAACUUGGUGUUGUCCUGGGAAUUGGUAGGCCUCCCCUGAGCGGCACAUCAAGCAUAUUUGGCUCUACUGGGGGAUUACCGCUUGUGCCCAGUAGCUGGACGGAGAUGGUCUGCCCACGCUCCAUGGCCAAAUUUCCGCGUAAAGUUGCCAAGGUUGGCCAAUUAGUGGUAGAAAUCCCUGAACACGACUGCGAAAUAGCAUCUACUCACCCCUCCCGACGCCACUCUUUUAUCAAUGUCUUUGAACUGCGAUUUGGCCUGGAUCGGUCCUCGGCCAUUGGUCCAGAAAUGGCACUUGGGACCGAUGAGGCGCAAGUCGCGACGGAUCCCUCUUAA